ACGCAGCGGGCAAUGCCGGCGAUGACGCAGAGGGCAAAGCCGGCGAUGACGCAGCGGGCAAUGCCGGCGAUGACGCAGCGGGCAAAGCCGGCGAUGACGCUGAGGGCAAUGCCGGCGAUGACGCUGAGGGCAAUGCUGGAGAUGACGCAGAGGGCAAAGCCGGCGAUGACGCAGCGGGCAAAGCCGGCGAUGACGCAGCGGGCAAAGCCGGCGAUGACGCAGAGGGCAAAGCCGGCGAUGACGCUGAGGGCAAUGCCGGCGAUGACGCAGCGGGCAAAGCCGGCGAUGACGCAGAGGGCAAUGCCGGCGAUGACGCAGAGGGCAAAGCCGGCGAUGACGCAGAGGGCAAAGCCGGCGAUGACGCAGCGGGCAAUGCCGGCGAUGACGCAGCGGGCAAAGCCGGCGAUGACGCAGAGGGCAAUGCCGGCGAUGACGCUGCGGGCAAUGCCGGCGAUGACGCAGAGGGCAAAGCCGGCGAUGACGCAGAGGGCAAUGCCGGCGAUGACGCAGAGGGCAAAGCCGGCGAUGACGCAGAGGGCAAUGCCGGCGAUGACGCAGAGGGCAAUGCCGGCGAUGACGCAGCGGGCAAUGCCGGCGAUGACGCUGAGGGCAAUGCCGGCGAUGACGCAGAGGGCAAUGCCGGCGAUGACGCUGCGGGCAAUGCCGGCGAUGACGCAGCGGGCAAAGCCGGUGAUGACGCUGAGGGCAAUGCCGGCGAUGACGCAGAGGGCAAAGCCGGCGAUGACGCAGCGGGCAAUGCCGGCGAUGACGCUGAGGGCAAUGCCGGCGAUGACGCAGCGGGCAAAGCCGGCGAUGACGCAGAGGGCAAUGCCGGCGAUGACUCAGCGGGCAAUGCCGGCGAUGACGCAG